CCAGGCUUAUGCACCCAUUUGCAACUAAAAUAUUAAACGCAUACAUAAGAGACUAGCAUCACUGGUCGGAAGAAUAAGGCAAAAGUCAAGGAAAUGUUGUCCAAACUCAUUGUUUUGAUGAUAUCAACACACUCAGUCAUCACUGGCCAAAGCAGAGCAAAGAUCACAGGGAUACUGGGCGACGACAUCACCCUUCAGUUCACAUUCAACACAAGUGUCAGCAAUAGCAGCCAUUUUGCAAUUUACUUAGAGGGCAACAAGAAGGCUGAGUAUUGUCCUUCGAAAGGUUGCUCAAGAGAACAUGGUUUUCACAUUUAUUCUGAAAAUUCUCAUGUAUUCUGCCUAAUUACAAACCUCACACAAGGUCACAGUGGAACAUACUGGGCUACAUUAUUCCCAGAGGGUACCCCAACACAAAGAAGUAGUAGAGUGCACCUGAUCAUUCAGGAGAAGAGCAAUAACACAGUUUCUGGUGCACAGGAGAACAAAAAUACAACCAAAAAUCAGUCAAGCAUUUUUACCACUGUGAUCAUUGCUGUUAUUGUGGUUUUACUGGUAGUGCUGUUGGCAGGAACACUGACCUGGUUCUUCCGGUGCUGUGUCCGAGCCGGAGGCAGUAAAACACAACACAACUCCCCACCUGUAAGACAGGUAGCAAGUUUGGAAUCCCAUGAUACGUCUGAGGGAGCUUUAGCCUACAGUGUUGUGAACAUUUCCAAAAUUCGGACAGACACUCAGGUGGAAAGCAGACCAGAUGAAACCCAAUAUGCCAGGUUUAAAGACCCCCUUCAGUAAAAAUCAUGAGGUGUGUGAGCGGAGGCCUGUGACAGUACACAAAGAAUUGGAAAAUGUACUUUUCAUAAACUAAUCGAGUGUAUAGUAAACCAAGUAAUCCAAUUGAUGGACUUUUCUUGGUUAAAAAAAAAAAAAAUCAUGUGUAUUCUUUAAACAAAUAUUUCAUAGUUGGGGGUUUUCCUUGUUUAAAUUUAGAAUUUUUAUAACAAAUACGGAAGGGAAUUGUGCUCAAAUAAGAUCAUCAGUAUUUUAACCCAGUGUAAUCUGCUGUUUGUAGCCUCGUCAUGCUGUAAUUACGUCACCCACGUGCUGCUGGUUGGUCUCAUUUUUUUAAAUGUGCGGAGGUUUAGGUCCACACCCGUUUUUACUUGAAGUCAAUCGACCAAGUAAUACGGAAGAUAAUGUCAUUUUUAGUUUUAUAGCUUUAUUGCCCUCAUAAAUAAACAUUAAAACGCUGCAUGGACCAUUCGUUUAUGUCCAUAUUUCCAUCAUUUCUUGUCUUUUUCAAAACGUAAAGCACCCCGAAAAACUACACAUCCUAGGAGCCAUUAUGAGGACGGACGUAAUGUGAACAUUUUUAAUAAAUUGCCGAGCGAGGCACCACCUAAGGAGAGGAAGGUGAGGUAGCGCAUAACGGCCGGUUGGAUUGAGCGAGCUACUUUGAAAUGUGCAGGAUUAAUUGGAAACUAAAUUUAGCUCAGGCUAAUACAUUAUUUCAUCAACUCAAGGAAGAGGAUGAGCAAGAUUUGUCGCUAUUUUCUUCGGAUGAGUCAGCAUCUCGGCGGAAGAAUGGGCUGUGUGACGUAGUGUGUGGCGUAGCUUUGUGUCCUGUUCAAGAGGAAACUGAGUGGCAUGCCUGAAAAAAAAUGACCUGAAAUAGUUUAUUGUAAAUAUUUUUGAAAAUACUUUUUUUCAAUGUUAUAUAUUUGAUUUUUUUUCACUAUCAAAAUUUGUAUAUGGCGGAAAACACAGACAAGGCUGAAAAAGCAGUUUCUGCUCUUGCACCCCUCUUUAAAAUAAGCUGCUGUAUUCUAAUCCAAAAGAACUGUUGUGUUUGAUAGAACAAUAUGUCUAUAUGCUGCCAUGGCAGAUUCAUGGCGCAUUGAGUCCCCGAACUAUUUUUAAUUUGUCCGUUUUACCCCGGAAACCCCCGUCUACAGACGUCGCGCAACUGCUGUUGUUUCAACCUAGCCAUAAAAAGAAGGUAAGUAAUUGUAUCUAUUAUUUGAAAUGUCUUUCAUUUUUAGCU